AUGAGCGGCAGCGGUAAGGGCAAGGCGAGUGACCGGUUCCAAGUGCGGCCCGUCAUAUCGCUCGGCGACCACGGCGGCUCGCGGGCAAAGGAGCCGGGCGUGGGGGAAAACAACAGCAGCGGGCUGCAGGAAGACGCGUGCGAUGAAUUUGUAGGUGCGCUUGCCGUCUUUGAGUGUGAGGUCCGGGGGUUGACGAAGAAGCUGGCGGACGAGCGCCACCUGCGGGAGAAGGCGCCGCCGACUGGGCCGCAAGCUACACGUGUUGCCGUGGGGGCGGAGGCGGAAGGGAGCAGCUUCAGUGCGACGGCAGCCUCGGCAGGAGUGACGGCGACGAGGGCAACCACAAGUAGUUCUUUCGCUUCCGUCACGGGAAGCAGUUUGCAUCGCCCACCGCCAGGCCUAUCGGCCGCGGCGUUCGCGGCGGCGAAGGGCGUGAGCGACAAAGGGGCGGCGACUAACUCCCCCUGUGACACCUCCUGCCUGCAGGCCGUGGCGCUGAAUGUCUGGGCCACCCUCGGUUUCUUUGCGCUGCCGCCGUUUGGCUCCGACCUCCCGGUGGGAGAGGCGGACGGCCACGGCCGCCGAUCGCUGCGCGGCGACUUCACAGGCGCGUCAUCCCCGCCGAUGGGGCCCGGCGAGGAGGAGGAGGAUGAGAAGGAGGAGAAGGAAGAGGAGGAGGAGGAGGAGAGCGUCUUCGCCUUCGUGGAGGGCCUCGCGGGGUACUACCAGCGCCAGCUGGCGGCGGCGACGGCUGCGCCAGGGGAGCCACAGGGUCCGCUGAGCGACGACAUGCUCCGCAACGGGCUCUGGCUGGUGGUCUUCAACGCGUUGUUCUACUGCGUCUCGGCCCCAGGCACCGACUUCCAGUUCACCCCACGAGGCUCGGAGUGCCUCUCUGGAGACGCGGAGGACCUCUACGCGGCGGUGGACGCCGCCUCCUCACUUUCUUCCUCCCUUGAGCCGGAGGGGGAAGGCGCCGGAUGCAAGCGUGUUCCCACAAGGCUGCGGUGGGGCACGCAGGCGACCUCGAAGGCAGCUGCCGGGCUCCGACCCGCACAGAAGCAGCAGCAGCAAAGGACAGCCCCGGGCUCUGUUUUCCGACGCCGUUUAACCCCCGUCGCCGUGCGAGGAUCUUGCCGCCAUACUGAGCCAGGCGCGGGGGCGGGCGAAGGGGGAAAACUCCCUUUUUCAUCUUCAAACCCCGCCGCGGUCUUGGCAGAAGCCCCGAGAAAGCGUGCGGAGCCAAUUGAGCGGCCCCGACGCCAUUCUGCCCCGCUUGUCGGUCGGCUCGCGGCGCCCCCGACGAUCAUGUUGUGGUACUUUGUGCUUCGCACCUUCGCCCAGCUGGGGUACAGACGAGAUGCUUUCUACGUGCAGACCCCUUUGCAUGGCUCUAUUCACGAGCUGCUGCUGGCGCUGCUCUGGCUCACGAAGGAGCACCAGCUCGUGGCAGUGGCCGAGUACGUGCAGUUGCAGUGUAUGUACGCCUUUUUGCUCCAGCAGGGGGAUCCUGUCACACACGAUGGCAACCACCACCCACGCGGCCAUGACGGCAUCCCAGCGGCGGAUGCCGGCGGCGUAGCGCUGGAAGCGGAGUAUGCUUCUUCUGCCCCACCACACGACCCUGACGGGGAAGCGCUGCUGCGUUGCUUCCCCGCCGCUGUUCCGUGGCCGCCCGCGUCCUUUUUGGAGAAGGAGAUCAUUGCCCACCGCCUGCAGCAAAUACGGCAAAUUCUUCCCACCUCUUUGGAUGAGCGGGGCGCACCGAGGAUGCAUUUGCCUGACCUGACGCGGCGGCUGCUCUCCAUGCGGCGCCUGAUUGCGCUUUCCAUGAACCGCCUCGAGUGUGCCCUGCAUCAGCGGACGGAGCAAACCGUCUCCUUGGGGUUACACUCCGCCCUCGACGCUCAGUUGUGUCACCCCGCACACCACGGCGUUUACCGUCGGCUGUGCGCUGGGCUGCAGCAUCUGCGAGGGAUGGAGGCACGCGUGCGGGAAACCACACAGCAGCUUUCACAGUUAGGCUCACUUGUGGCGCGCGCCUUGCGACUAGAGGCGUCGUCAUUGCAGCAACAGCGUCUUCAGGCGGCGGCUGCAAAGGCGCUUGAGGACGACGAGAUGACGUGGCAGCGGCAACCGCAGACCGCGGCGGGGAAGCGUGACGGCGGUGGGCGGUGGAAUCUGAAAGAGGCCGUCAUUCGUUUCCGUGCGACGGGGGCGCGGGAGCAUCUCACGGAUUUAUGGGCCUCGUUGCGUCGCAGGGCUCAAGUGGGAGGGCGGUUGAGCAACGCUCCCCGCGGGGCUCCCCGCGAGUGCGUCGCCGAAAUCGCGGAGAUGCAGGCAGAGCUGGAGGCGAAGGUGCGGGAGAACAUGGAGGGCCUCUACUCGUUGGGCGCCGCACUGAGGGCGGAGUUGCGGCGGUGGCAGCUCUGUGGCGCAGAUACCACUCGGCAUGCUGCAGCAGCAGCUGCUGCUGCUGGCGAUGAAGAUGCGGAUGGGGGCGGCCGCGAGGAAACGGGGGUUGCGUCAAUAGCCGCUGAGGGAAGUGAAACGCCUCUCCCUGCGGCGCUGGAGCUGCCGAAUAAAAGUGGCGGCGCUCAUUUAUCGAACAGGCAGCGACCGAAGAAGUCGAGGCCGCCGUUUAUGACAUUUGACCUUGUGACAAGUGACAUUUUCUCGCGUCGUCCGCAGGCCACCGCGGUGGGGGAACCCGCGGCGAACGCGACAACAUCGGCCCGAUUGGAGCUGGAGCGGCUGGACGAGGCUUUUCUUGCGCUGGAGCAGCAGGAGGAGUGCCGAGCGAAGCGGGCGGAGGAGCAACGACUGGGGGAGGAGGCACUGGGGCUGCUUCGUCAACACGGGCUGCGUGUUGUGCCUCGUAGGCGGUAG